GAGAGGGCGAGUAGGGUGGGAAGAAGGCGGCUGUGAGGUGGGCGGUGUGCUUCCGGAACAAUGGCAGCCAUCGCUCCUCAGGGCUCUGUACAGGACCGUGAUAUGUGAUUGGGGCUCAGGAGCCAACCAAUCGGAUAUGGAUUCCUAUACAGUCCUCUACCUGAUGUUAGGUUUGGUGCAACUGAAGCUGCUUUUGGAGCAAACAACCCAGCGGAGGAAAAAGAGGCCAAAUCGUAGGUACUGGGUGCAUCCCACUGUCUCCCGUCGACUUACCAAAGGUCACUUUCAUACCCUGUACCAUGAGCUACGCAGGUACCCACAGAAGUUCUAUGAUUAUGCUCACAUGAGAGUGUCAACCUUUGAUGCUUUGCUGGAAAUACUGAGACCGCGCUUAAUGCGAGCAAGAACCAAUAUGAGGCUUCCAGUUUCUGCAGAAGAGCGUCUGCUGGUGACACUGCGGUUUUUGGCAACAGGGGAAUCUUUCUCCGCCUUGCAUUUCCAGUUCCUAUUAGGCAAAGUCACAAUACAUACUAUUGUGCAUGAUACAUGUGAUGCUAUUUGGAUUCUUCUGAAGGAUGCUGUAAUGCCAGAGCCCACUGAGGAAAGAUGGAUAGAAAUCAGCAAGGAUUUUGAAAAGAACAGCAACUUUCCACACUGUAUUGGAGCAUUGGACAGCAAGCUUAUUCGGAUUCAAAUGCCCCCAAAUAGUAGCUCCAAAUUCUGCAAUUAUAAAAAAUAUUUUUCUGUUUUGCUGAUGGCUAUUGCUGAUAGCAAUUACAAUUUUGUUGCCAUUGAUGUUGGGACGUAUGGAAGCUCUACUGACUCUCAGGUUUUCCGAAACUCUGCUAUGGGAAAGAGGAUUAUGGAUGGAAGAUUUCAUAUUCCCAGUCCCAGGCCUUUGGAGGAAAAUGGAGAUGUCUUUCCUUAUGUAAUAGUGGCAGAUGAUGCAUUUUCACUGUCUACCUCCAUCAUGAAGCCUUAUCCCAAGCGGGGUCUGGAUGUUAAAAGAAAAGUUUUUAAUUAUAGGCUAACUCGAGCUCGACGUUUUGUGGAGUGUACCUUUGGUAUACUAACCAAUAAAUGGAGGGUGUUUAGAGGUGCAAUUCAAAUGAACCCCAACAAUAUUGAUACAAUUGUCAAAAGUGCAUGCGUUCUCCAUAAUUUUGUGUGUCAAAAAGAGGGGGGAUAUAACUUUGACGAUUCCCUUACCCAUGAUUUAGAGGAUGUUUCCUGGCCCUCUGUUCGAAGUACCAAUGAAGCAUGCAAUCUUCGGGAGAAAUUUGCCAAUUACUUUAUGUCACCUGCUGGAGAGCUUCCGUCGCAGUAUUCCAAAAUUUAAACUCCCUUCUUUUCAUUUUUAUUUUUACUAAUCUCUUAUAAACCUUAUGCUCUACUGUUGUGAAAUUGAAAUGUAUGAUAUUUGUUUGACUAGCUAAAGUAUCUUUUGGAAUGUUUCUUCUGAGUGUCAGUCUAGUAUUGGGUAAAGUAGGGAUUGGUUAGAAACUUUAUUAGUUUACUUUUUAUGCCUGUGUCCUUAGUGGAGAUAUUUUUGUUCUCUUUUGGCCAGGUGACAAUUUUGUAUAUACUGUAAGUUGUGGACACAUACAGAAAUCAAAAUCUAACUGAUGGCAUCACCAUUUUUUCAGCAUUGUGUAAAAACAGUGUAGAGCUGGAUAGUGGAUUAAACCUUAAGUACAAUCAAUAUAAAAUGUUCUAAAUUUGCACGUGAACAAUUAGUCCAUGAAUCGAUUCAUCCGAUAGAUCCACAGGUAAAAAUCCAAUGUGGAAAAGCUUCAGUGAGUUCAAAGUAAAGUUGUGAAUAUCCAAUGUGCAAAAAAUGAAUCCACUCCAAUCCACUCCACUUAUAGAUGAAUCCUGCGGAAUCGUUCCUCGGUCUUUCCACACCGAUCAGCCCCGAUCCACAGCUAGCACGUCCUUCCAGGGUUAUCACAGGUGUGUGAUUGAAUGUGAGAGGCACACACUCAAAAGUUGGAUGGAAAUUUAGCCGCAAUGGAAAUAAAAAAGAAAGAAAAUUCCAUAGUGCAGGCGUUUUUGAAAAAGAGGGGAGGUUUAUUUAACAAAUAAAGUUUUAAAAUACAAACACAUUUUUUUUCCUUGCAAGGAUCAUUUUACCUCUCACUGACAGAGUGUAUUUUAAAACUUUAUUUGUUAAAUAAACCUCCCCUCUUUUUCAAAAACGCCUGCACUAUGGAUUUUUUUUUAUUUCCAUUGCGGCUAAAUUUCCAUCCAACUUUUGAGUGUGUGCUUCAAAAAUGUGUAACACCACAUUUAUUUGGUUACAUUGUAUUCACAGUCAAUAGUAUUGUAUUUCAUAAAAAGAAAAUACGGAAACUGCGCUAUAAACCAACAUGUAAAUAAAAACUGGAAAGUGUUUUUAAAA